AUGUCAUACGAAUUGUUCAACAACAAAACACGGGCAUUUGUCUAUGGCAUGCAGCCUCGUGCCUGCCAGGGCAUGCUCGACUUUGAUUUCAUUUGCAAGCGCGAAGUUCCCUCUGUCGCCGGAGUUAUCUAUCCUUUUGGUGGCCAGUUUGUUACCAAGAUGUAUUGGGGCACCAAGGAGACUUUGCUCCCUGUUUACCAGGAGGUUGCCAAGGCUGCUGCUAAACAUCCUGAUGUUGACGUUGUUGUCAAUUUCGCUUCCUCGCGCUCUGUCUACUCCUCUACAAUGGAGCUGUUGGAGUAUCCCCAGUUCAAGACCAUCGCCAUCAUCGCCGAGGGUGUCCCAGAGCGCCGCGCUCGUGAGAUCUUGCACAAGGCUCAGAAGAAGGGUGUCACCAUUAUUGGUCCGGCAACUGUUGGUGGUAUCAAGCCUGGUUGCUUCAAGAUCGGUAACACCGGUGGUAUGAUGGACAACAUCGUUUCCUCCAAACUUUACCGUCCAGGCUCUGUUGCCUACGUUUCCAAGUCCGGUGGUAUGUCUAACGAGCUGAACAACAUUAUUGCUCAAACUACUGAUGGUGUUUACGAAGGUGUUGCAAUUGGUGGCGACCGUUACCCCGGUACUACUUUCAUUGACCACAUUCUUCGUUACCAGGCCGACCCCAAGUGCAAGAUCAUCGUUUUGCUCGGUGAGGUUGGUGGUGUCGAGGAGUACCGUGUCAUCGAUGCCAUCAAGAAGGGUAUCAUUACCAAGCCCAUCGUUGCCUGGGCCAUUGGUACCUGUGCUUCGAUGUUCAAGACUGAGGUUCAGUUUGGGCACGCCGGCUCUAUGGCCAACAGCGACAUGGAGACUGCUAUUGCCAAGAAUGCUGCCAUGAAGGCUGCCGGCAUUUUCGUUCCUGAAACCUUCGAGGACUUGCCUGAGCUUUUGAACAAGGUGUAUAAGGAUCUCGUCAACCAGGGCACCAUUACCCCUGCUGCUGAGCCUGAUGUGCCCAAGAUUCCCAUUGACUACUCUUGGGCUCAGGAGCUUGGUCUUAUUCGUAAGCCCGCCUCGUUCAUCUCAACUAUCUCUGAUGAUCGUGGCCAGGAGCUCGUCUAUGCUGGUAUCCCUAUUUCCGAAGUAUUCAAGGAGGACAUCGGUGUGGGUGGUGUCAUGUCUCUUUUGUGGUUCCGUCGGCGUUUGCCUUCUUAUGCCACGAAAUUCUUGGAGAUGGUUCUAAUGCUUACUGCUGAUCACGGCCCCGCUGUGUCCGGUGCCAUGAAUACCAUUAUCACCACUCGUGCUGGUAAAGACUUGAUCUCUUCUUUGGUUGCUGGUUUGCUCACCAUUGGUACCCGUUUCGGUGGUGCUCUUGAUGGUGCUGCCACCGAGUUCACCAGCGCCUUCGAUAAAGGUUGGUCCCCUCGUCAAUUCGUUGAUACUAUGCGUAAGCAAAACAAACUGAUUCCAGGUAUCGGCCACAAGGUCAAGUCUAGGAAUAACCCUGACUUCCGCGUGGAGCUAGUCAAGGACUUUGUGCACAAGAAUUUCCCCACUACCGCCUUGCUUGACUACGCCUUGGCCGUCGAGGAGGUGACCACAUCGAAGAAAGACAACCUUAUUCUGAACGUCGAUGGUGCCAUUGCAGUGUCGUUUGUCGAUCUCAUGCGCAGCUGUGGUGCCUUCAGUGCUGACGAGGUGGAGGACUACCUCAAGAACGGUGUCCUCAAUGGUCUGUUCGUUCUUGGCCGCUCCAUUGGUUUGAUCGCCCAUCAUCUCGAUCAGAAACGCCUGCGUACUGGCCUUUACCGCCACCCUUGGGAUGAUAUCACCUAUCUCGUUGGAGAGGAGACCGUGAGCAAAUCUCAGGGUCGCACCCGUGUGGAGGUUGAUGCCCAAAGCGAAACCGCUGCUCGUGUCAAGGCAGGAAAUUAA